AUGAGUUUUGGGUUCUCUCCUAGUGAUAUUCUGCGAGCCAUCGAGCUUGUUAGGGACCUACGAUCACGGUUUGUUGAUGCACCACUUCAAUACACGGCAAUCGGUGAAGAACUUCGUGGCCUGUUUAUCGUCCUUGAGGAUGUCGAUGCUGUGCUACCGCAUCGCAGCCUGACUGACAAGCAGAGAGAACAUCUUCAGCAUUUACUCAAAACAUGUUGGCACGUGGCAGAGUCUCUCGACGCAAGACUUUCACGCUACCAGGAAAUUGAUCCUGACUCUGGUACAGUCCCAAAUAGUGGCCUUGCGUCUUCUGUCAAGAGGGCAUGGAAAAGAGUCCGGUGGGAGCCGAACGAUAUCUCGGAGGCUCGUAGUCGCAUCACCAGCACCGUGUUGUUACUGCGACAAUUCCAUGCGCAGAUCUUUAGUCAACACACCACGCAAGCGCACCGUCUCAUCGGAGAUGGACUGGCUGCGAUAAAAGACCUCCAGCUCGAUCAGAAGGCUGCACACGAGAAGGAGGUAAUCUUAGAGUGGCUUACACCUGUCGAAUACUAUCACCAACAGAAUGAGUACUACAAACAACGACGAGAAGGAACUGGUGAGUGGCUGAUCACCAGCCCAGAGUUCCAGAGAUGGAUAAAUGGUCGAAAAGGGACGCUUUUCUGUACCGGCAUACCCGGUGCAGGAAAGACAAGCUUCACGUCCCUUGUCGUCCGUCACCUGGAGGAGAGCCUCGGGCAUGACCCUGGAGUUGCUAUCACGUACGUUUAUGUGAACUAUCAUCGCCGUGAAGAGCAGGAGCCCGUGGAGCUAUUUGCGAGCCUGGUCAAACAGCUGUUACAGCAUCAGGCGACCAUCCCAGACCCUGUAGGCGCACUCUACGAUCGCCACCAGCCCAGGAGAUCUCGACCCACCCUUGCAGAGUUGAUCAACGUGUACACACUAGUAGCCCGGUCCUAUUCCCAGAUAUUCAUCAUGAUAGACGCCCUGGAUGAGUAUGACGAUGUAUAUGGCAGUCGACGCUUAUUCCUCUCUUCCAUAUUCAAGCUCCAAGUCUCGACAUCAGCCAACCUGUUCGUCACUUCCCGCCACAUCCCAGACAUCCAAACGGCUUUCGAGCGUCAUGGCAGCACGCGGUUAGAAGUUCGCGGCACCGACGAGGACAUAUCACAAUACAUUGCUGGCCGACUCCCACAGCUGCCCUCAUUCGUCAUGUCCAACGAAACCCUGAAAAGCGAGGUGGUGGCCCAAAUAAAAGGCGCUGUGGACGGGAUGUUCCUUUUGGCAAAAUUACACCUGGACUCGCUCAUAGGGAAAAGGUCCCCAAAGGCGCUUCGAGCUGUCUUGCAUACCCUACCCCGGGGGUCCUCGGCGUCAUAUAGCCGCGCGUAUGAUGUGGUAAUGGACCGGAUCAAUGACCAGUCCAGUGACGCCCGAGAGCUCGCGCAUCAGGCUCUAUCUUGGGUUGUUUGCUCGCAGCGCCCGUUAUCCUCCUUGGAAUUACAACAUGCUUUGUCACUAGAAAGCGGAGACAGAGAGCUUGACGAAGAGAAGUUCUCUACCAUGGAUGACAUCCUCUCUGUUUGCGCGGGGCUCCUGGUCCUAAGCCAGAGUGAGGGGACCGUGGCCCUUGUACAUUACACCGCACAGGAGUACUUUGAACAUGACCUUGAGAGCUGGAUGAACACUGCCCAUGCCACGCUGAGCACCGGCUGCAUAACGUAUCUUUCCUUUGACGACUUCUCCUCUGGAGCCUGUGAAGAUCUAGAGGAAUUCCAGAUCAGGUUAACAAGGUUCGGGCUUUUUGAUUACUGUGCUCAUCACUGGGGCCAUCACGUCGCCAAGGCACUGAGUGCUGUGAAGCCCAUUCUGAUCAACCUAUUAAAUAAGUCUGGCAAUAGGGCCAGCUGCUGGCAGGCUAUGCAAGUGCAGGCAAGUCAAUGGCAAGGCACAUGGCAGAUCGACUGGCAGAUAUCCGCAGUCCAUCUACUCGCCACCUUUGAACUUGGUGUCCUACUCCCGGAUCUCAUACGUCUGGACGCUCCUACGGACUCUAGGGAUAGCAAGGGGAGAACACCUCUCUCUUAUGCUGCUUCAUAUGGGAAUAAUGCACUUGCAUCUGCUCUUCUUGAGCACGGCGUCGAUGUCGAUUCUAAAGAUAACCAGGGCCGCACCCCAUUAUUCCUCGCUGCUGCGAAUGGUCACGACGCUGUUGUCCAGGCCUUACUCAGAAAGGGAGCGAAUAUCGAAUCCCACGACCAUGGAGGCCAUACUCCGCUAGUUUCCGCCGUGCAGAAUGGACACUACAAAGUGGUCUGUCUCUUGCUAGAUGAGAAUGCCACAGCCCAUAGCCAAGACCGCCAGGGACGAACGCCGAUAUCUUACGCUGCAUGGCACGGCCACGAGGAUGUACUCAGCAUACUAAUGCGCGAGGGAGUGCAGCCCGACAUUGAGGAUAGUGAUGGCCGCACAAUUCUUUGCUAUGCAGCCUCCAGUGGCAACGACAGCUUGGUAGCGGCGCUCCUCGACCGAGGGGCCGACGUUGACUCGCGAGACCAAAGCAGCCGGACUCCCCUGUUUUUCGCCGCAUGGAAUGCACACGAAUCCGUGUGCCUGUUGCUGCUAUCUCGUGGGGCGGACGCGGCGCACCAUGAUACCAACAACCGAGUCCCAUUAUCCUUUGCUGCCAUGGGCGGGGAUGCCGCGAUUGUAGCGCUCCUGCUCGAGCAACCGGGCGUUGCCGACCAAGCCGACAACAGAGAUCGCAGUGGCCGCACCGUUCUCUCCUACGCGGCUUCCAAUGGGGAUUUUGCGACCAUGAAGUGUCUUCUAGAACGCGAUGGCGUUGAUCCCGCCUCUGCAGACAUCACUGGACGCACCCCUUUAUUCUACGCUGCAUACAGCGGCAACACUGAUGCUGUAGAACUGCUGCUGUCAAUGGCGACGGUAAAUCCUCUCUCAGUAUCGAAUCUCGGCCGGUCCCCUCUAUGCAUAGCUGAAAAGGCUCGAUACGUUGGUAUCCACUCCUUGCUUAUUGAUGAGUGCAUACGCAGAGGUCUAAACGUUGAUCACAUCGCUCGUCUAGACCAGGGCCAAUUUCCAACAAUCCACAUGCGAUAUGCCGGUUGUGAUUCCUGCAUGUCUUGGAUCAUGAGCUUCGAUAUCCAGUAUCAUUGCGCGCUGUGUAAUGGGCAGGGGUUCGAUAUCUGCCUGGAAUGCAUUGCCAAUAACGCUUCGUGUUUGGAUGCUUCCCAUAGCCUGGUCAAGCGUAGAUUUUGCAUGGGCAUAGGAGUUGAAACUUUGGACUAG